AUGUCCGAAGAGUCUGUAAAAGUGUGCUACAACACCUCAACAUUGCCGCCAGUGUUGGACGAGAAGUGUCUACUGGAUAAGUGCCUGAAUCCUAAGGAUGUGUAUGAGCUGUCUGGACUGUCCAGGAACAACACAGGGGCUGAAGUUGCCACCCUGAGCACCAUCUUGCUGCACACCCUGGAGAACAGCGAAUGUGCGACUUAUGAAAAACACCAGCGUCCAUCACAGGCUGAAGCCUGGGGAUUUGGCAUCUUGUGUACGACGGUGAUCAACAUUUGUGCACUCGGUGGUGUUAUCGCCCUUCCGUUCAUCAACGGUGACAUGUACAAGAAGGUGCUUAUAUACAUGGUGGGUCUAGCAGUGGGGACCUUGGCAGGCAGCAGCCUACUGUUCCUCAUACCUGAGGCUUUGGAGCUUACAGAGCAAGAGCUUGACAUCAACAGCUAUGUGUGGAAGAGUUUGGUCGUGAUAAGCGGAAUCUUCGCCUUCUUCAACAUUGAGCGAAUCCUAAAAAUGAUAACAGAAUGGAGAGAGGUGGAUCUUGAUCAAACGUUCACGGAUGAGUGUCCUCAAUGUGUAGAUGAAUGUAAAGACACGUUCAUUGGCUACAAUUUUGGCAGAAUGAAAGCCUUUUGUCUGAAGAACAACGACAGAACACGAAAUACGGGUGCGGCAAUGGACUUCUCAUCGUUUCCUCAAACGAGAGACCCGCUGCUGAAUAAAAACGUUGAUGGUCUUCCUCAUCUUUCACCGUGCGGCGAAAAUGAUUCAUCUGGCUCGGACAAAGACAGUACAGGGACUUCACGCAUUUCUAUGAGAGAAAUAGACCAGGUGCGGGACGAAAAUACACAGGAGGACUUGCCACUCCAUGUCAGGAAGCCUCAUCACCACAACCACAGAAAGGUGCAGCCUGUAGCCUGGAUGAUCAUAUUCGGUGACGCACUCCACAAUUUCAUUGACGGCAUUUCAAUAGGUGCUGCGUUCACGGAGAGCAUACUUGCCGGUGUUUCAGUCUCGAUUGCUAUAUUUUGCGAGGAGUUGCCGCAUGAAUUGGGUGAUUUUGCUGUGCUGCUGAAUGCUGGAAUGAGGAUGAAGAAGGCGCUGAUGUACAAUUUUAUGUCUGCCUGCAUGUGUUACCUUGGCCUCAUUGUGGGGAUAUUUCUCGGUGAAAACACAGCUGCACAUACCUGGGUGUUCGCAUUUGCUGGCGGAAUGUUCCUGUAUAUAUCGCUGGUCGAUAUGUUGCCGGAAAUGAAUGCUGCCACGGAAGUAGAAGAUAACAAGAACAUGAAUCACUUCACCAUAUAUAUACUGCAGAAUCUAGGACUCCUUACUGGCUUCGGUUUGAUGUUGAUAAUGGCGAUAUAUGGAGGUAGUCUAGAAAAUGCCAUCAAAGGCAUUUCAUAAAACUGCUAGUAUAGCUUGCAAACACUAACAAUUGCCACUUGCCAUUUUGAUAUGUUCAUAAGUUUUCUUCAUACUAGAAUGCUUUUAACCCUUUACCACUUAGAUUCGUAUUUUGACGCAUUUGUGUUCCCUUAGAAAGUUAAAUAUAAUUGAAGACUUCUCACCACAUGUAGGUUCAUGUUUUAAAGGCUUCAUUCCAAUCCUUAGAUACUGAUCAGCAGCAAACAGCAUAAAACCUGUAAAUGAGUUACUCGCAGGCUGUUUUGGUUUUGUGCUGUUAGAACAUAGCCAUUUUCACUUUGCCUCUGAGUGGAAAAGGGUUAAGUAAAUAUGAAUAUAUGCUAUUUACUAAGUGUUAUAAUUGGUUUAUUCUUUGAAACCCAUUGUGAAACAAAAUCGAUUAUUAAUGUAGGACAAAAUUCAAAAUGAUAAUAACGUUCACAAUUAUCAAGUUAUUGUUGGCAAGCUAUACAGGUG